AGAGACGACAGGAAACAAAAAUGUACUGAUUUGUGAUUUACUGAAAUAAAAAUUAAAGCCAGCAGAUCAUAAUGUGGCGCUUCCUAUUAGCCACAAGCUGCUUCUGUUUGUUGCCUUUGUCGACUGGCAGAGAAAUAGUUGAGUACAAUUUAAAGAGCUGCGACAAGUUUCAUCAUGUUUUCAGAUUUACUAAAGGUCUACCCGGUGGCUCUCACUGUUAUUAUCCAAUCAUUCAACGGCGUAACUCCAUUUAUCUGCUCUACGAUGUGAAUCCAUCGGAAGGAUUUAAUUUGCGCCGCGAUGUCUACAUACGACUGGCUGUGUUCGUGCGUCAGCUAUCACGUCGUAAACCAUUCCAGAAUAUACGAUUAGUGCUGCCUCCUUGGCGGCGGCUUUAUCACUGGAAAUCCAGUCAUUUACAACAACAGAACCUACCUUGGGAACAUUUUUUUGAUGUGGAGAGCAUGCGGCGAUUUGCGCCUGUGCUGGACUUUCCCGAAUUUUUAGCGGAGAUUGCGCAAUUCGGACUACAGGAGGCUCCAUAUGUGCAAGUACAUCAAGUUUUCCAACUUUUGCAUUUCGAUGACAUGUUCGAGCAGGGCGUGUUCCAUGAGAAGUUCCAAUUUGAGACUAAUUGCGACAAGAAUCAAUACCUCCAAGGGUACCUGCUGCAGCAAUCGAUGCUGUUGGACAAUGACUUUGCUUGUGUGCGCUAUCAGGGCAGUGUUAAUCUCCUAGAAAUGUUACUCCGUCAACAUAUUAAAAAUACUGCGUCACAGUCGGUUAACGAUGUAAAAGUCUAUGCUAUUCUUAACGCUGAAAUAGUACUACACGAUCAAUGGGGCGACAAAGAAUUUUGGCGCGCACGCCGCUCUAUGCGUUUUGCUGAGCCAUUAGUUACAAUUGCCAAUGACUACCGCAUGCGUGUUCUUCAUUCACAUAAAGCCGAGGAGCUUGUACAGCAUCCACCAAUGUGGGAGGCAGAGCGACCGUAUCGUGAUGCCUUGGGCGGGGACUAUUUGGCCGUACAUUUUCGCCGCGGAGACUUUGUGCAUGGACGGCAAAAAACCACACCUACAUUGAAGUCAGCGGCAACGCAAAUACGUGCACAAAUGCAACUGCUCAAUCUUACCACAGUCUACAUAGCCACCGAUACCACUGCAAUGGAGUUGACGAAUCUGAAAGCCUAUCUGCAACGUGUACGUAUGCGACGUUUCAUACCCGAAUCACUGGCAGAGAAAGCGCUCAUCAAAGAUGGCGGACAGGCAAUUGUGGAUCAAAUACUAUGUGCCCAUGCGCGACACUUCAUCGGCACCUUUGAGAGUACAUUUACUUACCGCAUAUAUGAAGAGCGUGAAAUACUGGGCUUUAGACAGGAAACCACCUUUAAUACGCUCUGCAAAAAUGCAACACUGGCUAACUGUGAAAGAAACUCGGUGUGGCCGAUUGUAUACUGAAUUCUACGAUGCAUAAGAAGCUUUUCCAAGUCUUCAAACAAAUUUUGUACUUCUCAAUAUACAUAUGUACACACAUACAUAAAUUUAUAUGGGCCAUGUUGGCUAUUUGUAUAAGCUAAGAAUACCAAAGUCACAUAAGUGAACUAGGUUUAAGUUUUUUGACGUUGUAAGUUUUGUUUACAACUGUUUCUAUUUACCCUUUAUCAUUCCUACUUUUUGUAUAAAUAAACAAAAAAAAAUAACAUUUCACCAUGAGUACUCCUACAUUAUUUCAAAUUCGUACGUUUCAUUAAAUACUGCACUUAAGAAAUUCUCACGGGAGUCCGGUGCAUAUGUAUGUAUAUCCAGUGGAGUAUUAUCAUCAAACAAUAUUCUCAAUAUAUACGUAGCGACUUUUUAUUUUAUGCUCACACAACGGCAACAACAUUCAACCAACUAUUUAUAUAUUUUUUUGCCAAAUAAUUAUAAAUAUUUGAUUUUUUCUGAGGUAAACUUUAUUACUUAAGCUUCAAUCUCAAGUUUUUAAUUUUUUGUUAGCAAUUAUUUGGUUAUUAACUAAGUUUAGGAAAUGCUACUUUUCAACAUUUAUUAAUUUGAAUAUUUAAAAAAUUUAAAACUUCUCUGAUUAAUAACUUUUGUAAGUAUGCAUUUCAAAAAUGGUUAAUACAUAUAUGCUUGCUGCAUUUUAGAAACAUGGUUUAAUUAGCUGUUUAUAU